AGACGAUUAAAUGAUAAGCAUAUAAAUAAUGUGAGACGAGUGAGAGUAAAGUUAGAGGCGAGGAAAGUGCAGCGUGAAAUUUACUACCGUAGAAAUGAUAGGCCUAACGUUAAUAUAGAGUAAAACUAACAGUAGAAAAUAAGAUAAGAAAAAUAAUUUAUUCCGCCAAAGCGUGGUUCGAAAAUAAAUGAAUCAACCUGAGUGCACUUUAAUAAAAGGAACAGAGGAUAUUCAGAAGAAAGAAGACCAAACGAUUACGGUAACUCGCGCCACAAUUGUGAUGUAUUGUAACUUAAAUCGCACAUAGGAUACUACUAGUAGUACUAGUGCGAUAGUAAUACUAAUAGUAAUAGAGAAGAUAGAUCGGCUUGUCAACUGAAAUGCUGAAGCAGUUGAAUAGGCCUAAGUGGACUUAGUACAAGAAGAAGAGAAAUACACAUAUAUUGUUUAUGAUAUGCCUAUAAUUUCUAUAUUGUGAAAAAUUCAUUGUACAUAUGUUUAACUUGUUCGAAUAUAUAUAUAUUAUUUUGAAAUCAAGUGAAGUGCAUGCAGGCCCGUGCAAAGGUGGUAAUAGGUCCAGGCCAGAUGGAAAUGUAGGCCCGUUUCAAACUGCUCAUUAAGUAUUUUUUGUAAUCUGUGCUAAAUACAUAUGAUUUAUGUAUGGGUAUGUACAUGCACAUGUAGUGUACAUGGUGUACUUACAAGUAACAGAAACAAAUAAAAGAACUAGAAUGAUUUAUAAAAAAGGUAAUGGCAAGCAAUUUUAUUCAAAAUGUAUAUAAGACAAUAGAGUACAGUACUGUAAUAAGAAGCAGUAAAUACAAUAGUACAUUCAUGUUUAUUCUGUAUUCGGAAGUAGGCCCCCUCAAAAUCGUAUACCCAUGCCAAUUGCCCCCCACCCCCCAGUUCUGACCUGAGGGCAUGCUGUUUAUUCAUCAAAUUAUUGCUAACAACUAAAGAAGUCACAGACACCUACUGUUGAAGAAUCUUAAGCCCAGUGACAACACAUAUAUUUAUACUAUUAAGACGUAUAAGUAAAAGCGUUUUAUUUGAAAAUUGACAAAAGGAAAAAAGAAGAAGAAGAAAGAAAAACAUAUUCUGACAGCAUGUAAGAGUCACAAGCCAAAAUAGCUUCCAGUUUUACUGUUAUAGAAUUUUCAAGUGCUGUAGCUGCAUUACUGAGUUGAGACAAUGAGUUUCAAGAUGAUGUGAGACUGAUAGGGGACAUUUUAAAAAAGUACAAUAGCAUAUGGACAACAAGGAACCAUUUGGUCAUUCAAGGUUGUCCUUGCACGUCUGUCCUACGGAAGAGGCUGUGGCUACAUUAUAGUUAGUAUUUAUUUUAAAUACUAGGAAAUAUGCAGUCAUUGGCAAUGAUGAUCACCAACUUGAUGAAAGUUUAUGUGGAACAAACAAAGAUGUAUGGAACCUUUAAUCCAGUUCAUAGAUCCUCAAAAGCCCGAACCACCAUUUGUAAUUACAAGGUAUGCAGAUAUGAAUGCUGGGAAUUUAAUAGCUGAAUAUGUUGUUGGUCAGAUCAUUAAUAACGAGAGGAAAUUCUACCACAUGUGGGAAUCACAAAAAAAAAUAGUAUGGGAUUUUCAGUUGUAUGAGUAUCGUCAGUUGAAUGAACUUACCAUUGGAAUACUUGGAGCUGGAACUCUGGGAUCCACAGUUGCCAAAUUUUUAAAACAGAGAGAUGCUACGGUACUGGGAUUGGUGAGAAGUACUCAUAAAACAAAAAAACCUGACUUUGAUAAAGUUGUGACAGAUAUAUCAGAAAUAUUACCCUACUGUGACUACAUCUGUAAUAUCCUUCCAAGUACUCCACAUACCGAGGGUUUAUUGAAUGGAGACGUGUUAAAAAUGUGUCAGAAAGAACCUUUUUUCAUCAAUGUUGGAAGAGGGGAUAUUAUAUCAGAAGAGGAUUUAAUUAAUGCCUUGAAUCAGGGGUGGAUCUCGGGUGCAGCUCUGGAUGUUUUUAUAGAGGAGCCUCUGCCUACUUCCAGUCCACUUUGGAAUAGACCUGAGGUUAUUAUUACACCACACAAAGCAUCUGUAUUAAAACCACAGAAUGUGGCCAAGUUUUUUGUUGAGAAUUAUCAACGGUUUAUGACUGGAAAGGAAUUAAUGUGUAAGUUUUCUUGGACCAGAAAAUAUUGAAAGCAACUACAGUAAGUGUAAUGAAAUAACUCUGCUACAUAUGAAACUCUCUUCAAACUCAUUGAAAGGAAUAUAUUUGGUUGUAUGAGUAUCUUAGUAUUGUAUGUUUUUACUAUCAUACUGUGAGAUAAUUAAAAAUGAAAAUUUAUUUUUAAGGUGAUCUUUUAUAUAAUUACUUGUUAUUUUUUAUUGUGUAUUCAUUACUGUGAAAUCCUUAUUAACUGUUGUUAGUUUGUAUCCGUAAAGUUUUGUUAGUUUAUAUCAGUAAUAAUUUUAGUGGCCCUUAAACUAGUUUAAUUGUUGAAGUGUUAGAAUAUAUAUAAGCAUUUCCAUAUUUGGGUAUUGACCUGUUGUUAGGAAGGGUGAUGUUUUUUUGU